AUGGAGCCUGUCCCCGAGACGGAGCGUAUGGAGGAGUUUCGUCCCUCACCACUGCCGACCUUGCACCUCGGAGCCUCCCACUAUGACUCCUCUUCUUCCGACCUCAACAUCAUAAAGAAGCCUGCAGCCACACGACGCAGCACGGAUCCUAUCCCCGCCAGCCACUCCUCCGGCUUCUCCUCCAGCUUCUCCUCCGCCUACUCCUCCGCAUAUUCGUCCUCAUCCUCCUCCUCUUCAAAUUCCUGGACGCCCUCACCUACCGCCAUACCAUUUCGCCCGCGCACCGCCUCUCCGCUCUCCAUCUCCCAUACUCGCUCCUUGUCUGCCACCAACAUAACAUCAGCGCCCUCCAUGUCCCGCACUCGAUCAUUACCUGGAGUCAAUGGCUCUGGUCACAUCCUCCUCUCCCCUCAGCUGCGUCCCGCUAGUCCCUCUGAGCCCAGCCGCCUGCGAACGCCCCGCAAACCCGCCGACGAAGCUUUCCCGCCCAUGUCUCCCGUGAGAACGACAGUUCUGGACCCCGAAAGGACAUCUUCUGAACGAAGCGUCUCGCCUAGUAUGAGGUCUUCCUCCGGUUCCUCUACGCGCUACCGCCGAACUCCGUCACCAUUCCAAAACAUGCCACCUUCCGCUUCCAGCUCCUACACGCCUUUACCGACCACGCCUUCCUCCACCGCCUCCUCACCUUUAUACAGGGCCUAUGACAGCUAUGGCGGGAGUUUUUCCUCUAUCCCCUCUACGCCGACCUCUACCAGGUCCCGAAGCCCCAGUAUAUCCAGCCUGGAAACCAUUCCCGACACACCAGACGCCGAAGAGGCAGCCCUCGAGGCCGAGCGGCAAGCGCAGCUGCAGGCGGCCGCCAAUGAAGCAGCAGAAGGCAGCGACUCGUCGUCUGACUCCAAGGGGCGCAGCAGCCUCGACACACCGAGUCGCGGCCGUACCCUUUCUACAUUUGGGCCGCGCGAAAAGCGCAAGCGAUGGAGUUGCGACUACUUCCCCAAUGAGGAGGCCAUGUCUCAACGACAUGACCCCUUCAUCGCCCUUAGCCCCUCGGUCGUGUAG